UCCUGUUAUCAUGAAUGUACGCACUACGCACACGUUGAUAUAACCUUCACUAUCUUUUGAAUGUGGUGUGGUGUUCUUCGAACUUGAAUCCACUUUAUUAAGAUAAGUGUGUAGAAGAAGGAAAAACGUUGCUUAAAAUGUCGUGUUGUCCAGACAACUCAUGGGGUAGCCUGAUUGCCAACCCCGACUACAGUCCCAAGGGUAAAGUGUUGCAAUUAGAAGAUUUGCCAAUAUAUGUGGCGGGUAAAUCUGAAAAGUGCCUUCUUUGGAGUUACCAUAUAUUCGGCUUCAACGACGGCCGUGGGAAGCAACUUUGUGAUAUGCUAGCAGAUCAAGGAUAUAUGGUAGUGAUGCCAGAUUACUACCGUGGAAAGAGCCAGGAUCCAACCUUACCUGGGGCGAAAGAUUUUUUGAUGAGUGAGACUCAAUGGCCUAAGCUCAAAAAAGAUAUUGAGAGCCUUGUGGUACCUUGGGCAAAAGAACAAGGCGCCAAAAUCUUCGGAGCUAUUGGUACUUGUUGGGGUAGUUACGUGGUUUUGAGAAUCAGUUCGCAUCCGGAUUUCAAGGCGGGGGUCUCCUUACAUCCGUCGCAUACUAUUCUGAUGAGCCUGAUGAAUGAUGAUGAGAGAGUCAUUUUGGAAGGCCUGAAAGGCACGCCUCAAAUGUUUGCACCCGCCGGAAAUGACCACGAGAAUGUGAAACCAGGAGGGCUGGGUCAAAAGUACCUUGGAGAUGACCUUACCAUUGUCGAGUUUCCCGAGAUGAAACACGGCUGGACCGUCCGAGGGGAUCUAAAGGAGCCAGGGGUUGAAGAGGCAACCAUAAGAGCCAUGAAAGAAGCAGUGACAUUCUUCAAAAAACAUCUAAAGUAGCAUUGCCUUAAAUGAUUUGCUCUCAUUUCCCAUUCUUGGCGAUUACCAUUAAGGCCAAGGCAGCAAUAAACUUUUUAUCUCACCAUGAUUUUAAGAUGUUCAUGACGGUACGAGCUCAUGUCCCUCAUUUUCGGAAAAGAUACAGUCAUAUCUGUCUUUCAUAUUAAAGAGAAGAAGAAUACAUCGUCAUUGAUAGUCUUCUUCCAUUAA